UUUAAGUGCAUACAGUCAAGAUGAUGGGAUCAGCACAGUGAGGCCAGUCAUAGCAAAAAGGAUACAAAAGUACAGUGAAGGCAAAAUUUGAUUUAACUUAAUGGCCAUUGUGUUUGACAGAAAAAUGAUAUAUGAACAGAAGAUAGCAGAGUUACAAAAACAACUUGCUGAGGAACCCAGGGAUACAGACCAGGAUAACAAUGUGUUAAGUGCUAUUCAGUCAGAGAUUGCCAAAAACGGGAUUCUUAUUGAAGAAGUACAGACACUAAAAAGAUACAAGAUUGAAAAUAUCAGAAGGAAGUAUAAUUACCAGCCUUUCAUUAUGGAAUUAUUAAAGACUUUAGCAGAACACCAACAGUUAAUACCACUAGUAGAAAAGGCAAAAGAAAAACAGAAUGCAAAGAAAGCACAGGAAACCAAAUGAAGAAGAUGCUUUGGGAUGUAUACAUAUUUCUGCUUCUGCACUUAUUUUCAUGGAAACCAUUAAGUAUAAAAAACUUUGAGCAACAUCCUAUUUGACUCAGUGCAUGAUUGGUAAUAGUACCAGUCUGUCUUGCCUUUAAUGCAUGGAUUCUUUCCCAGCCUAUAUCAUGUGCACAUAGUGCAUAUUAAAUAAAAGUGAUAUUA